UUUAACAUGAGAGUUCAUACUGGAGAGAAACCGUUCACCUGUGAUCAGUGCGGGAAGAGCUUCUCACAGAAAGGACACCUUAAGAGUCACAUGAGGAUCCACACUGGAGAGAAACCAUUCAAAUGUCAUGAAUGUGGAAAGAGAUUUUUUUGUAAAUCCCAUCUUGAACGUCACGUGAGAGUUCAUACUGGAGAGAAGCCAUUCACAUGUGAUCAGUGCGGGAAGAGCUUCCCAAAUAAACAAAAUCUGGAGCUUCACAUGAGGAUCCACACCGGAGAGAAACCGUUCAUGUGCAAUCAGUGUGAAAAGAGAUUCUCAAACAAACAAUGUCUUGAGCUUCACGUGAGAGUUCAUACUGGAGAGAAGCCAUUCACAUGUGAUCAGUGCGGGAAGAGCUUCACACAGAAAGCACACCUUAGUGGGCACAUGAGGAUCCACACCGGAGAGAAGCCGCACGCUUGUCAUCAUUGCGGCAAAACAUUUCUUACUGCAUCACACUUGAAGACACACCUGACAGUUCAUACGAAGGAGAAGCCACAUUCAUGUUCUGUGUGUGGAAAGAGUUUUUCAAUGCUGCAAAGUUUAAAAGGACAUCAGAAAAUACAUACUGGUGUAAAAGAUUAUAUGUGCUUUGAGUGCGGGAAAACUUUUAAAUUUGCGAGCUGUUUAAAACUGCAUGAGAGGAUCCACACUGGAGAGAAACCUUAUAAGUGUUCACACUGUGACAAGAGAUUCAGUCGGUCAGAAUAUCUGAAAAUACAUGAGAGGAUCCACACUGGAGAGAAGCCACAUGCAUGUGAUCAUUGUGGGAAGAGCUUCAGACUAAAAGGGACCCUUAACGAUCACGUGAAAAUCCACACCGGAGAGAAGCCUUUCACCUGCACUCAGUGUGGAAAGAGUUUCACACACAAAACAAGUCUUGAGCGUCACAUGAGAGUUCAUACUGGAGAGAAACCAUUCACUUGUGAUCAGUGCGGGAAGAGUUUCACAUACUCAUCAAACCUUAAGAAUCACAUGAACAUCCACACUAGAGAGAAACUGUACGGAUGUGAUCAAUGCAGCAAAACAUUUUUGUGGGUGCUGCUUCAGGUCAUAAGCUCUCAAAAAUGUUUUGCUGCACUGAUCACAUGA